AGUUAUUAUUGUCUAAGGACACAAUUUCGUGUUUAAUACUUGUCAGAAACUUGUCAUUACUAUCGUUUAAACAAAGUCAAACGCAAUUGCAAGUUGCAACUGGAUAAUUACGCCUUGGUAUUGGUAUUUGGUUAGGUACUUCGAGAAAGUUGCAACUACUGUAGUAUAUAUUACGCCUAAGGCCUAAAUAUACACUUUGUGAACUUUCAGACUACCCGGCAUUUCACUGACCUCACGGGAUAGUCAAAAUGAGUGAAAAGAAGCCUAAACUCAUCGCUUUUGACCUAGACUACACAUUGUGGCCUUUUUGGGUGGAUACGCACGUUGAUCCUCCAUUUAAGAAGGACAAGAAAGGUGUGGUGUACGAUGCCAGCAAUAAGAAAGUAAAGUGCUACCCAGAAGUUCCCAAGAUUUUAGAGCAGCUUCACAAAGAAGGGUAUUUAAUAGGAGUUGCAUCUCGUACAGGGGAAAUUGAUGGUGCAAAUCAAUUACUGAACCUGUUUGACUGGAACAAAUACAUUACAUACAAGGAAAUUUAUCCUGGAUCAAAGAACAAUCACUUUUCACAAAUCAAGAAAGACUCUGGUCUGGAGUACAGCGAGAUGCUGUUCUUUGACGAUGAGCAUCGCAACAAGGCAGAUCUUGAUAAGAUUGGCGUGUUGAUGAUCUUGGUUCCAAAUGGAGUGGAUAAAGACCUUAUUAAAAAAGGUCUAAAAGAAUAUGCAUCUAAAUCUUAGGCAAAGUUUAAGUUCAAAGGGUUUUUAUUUAUCAUUAUAUAUUGCUGUAGUACAGUAUUAUUUUGCAUAGUGUCAAGUGUAAUUGAAUUAUUUUUAUUGUGGAGUUGAAUCAUUGCCAAAAUCACUAUGAAUUGCAGCCUCUCAUGUUGCAAGUCUCUGUUGAUGGAAUAAAGAAAAUCUUGUCCUAGGGAUUAAAACUUUAAGUGAACACAAACUUUUUGGUUUUUUUUACACUGUCUAAUAUAUACUAUUAGUAUUAUAUUUGAAUAAUAGAAAUCCUUAUAGUGGACAACAUUUAAAUACUGUAAGUUACAAUGCAUAAGAAAUUAAUGCAACCAUGUGUAAAGUAAAGGCAAAUUUGAAAGAUUGUAUUGGUUAUAGAAAUAUAUUCUAAUUUCAUGUAAUGAAUAUUUUUUCAAAGUGAUGCCAAAAAUCAUUGGUAAAUGAUGUAAAAUACAAAAUGUAUGAUGUUAAAUUGCUACCUCGUGAUACGAAUUUGUGAUGUACUUACUUUUAUAAGUUUAAGGAUUAAGAGUAGGUAAUUUUAAUAUUAUCCUAUAAGGAAUGGAAAAAUUUCUAAAUUUCAUUCUAGAAAGUGAAUGAAAAGUAAAGUAUUCCUGAUUACAAUUACGUAUUUAAGUUUCAUAGUCAGAACAUCUCAGUUUUCCAGGUACGUAUCAAAUAUUACAGGAAUUAUGGUCAUGACAAAAUUGCAAACAAUUGUUGUGUCCUAGAUUAAUUACUGUACUCAGUUUAUAGAAGUACAUAUAUCAGGUUUUUGUAUGAUGUUGCAGUGUAGCAUUUUAUGUUUUUAGGAUAAGGAAAGGUUGGUUGAAACCUGUUCUGGACUUGAUUCAUUAUUAAAAUUCCAUUUUUGAAAUGCAACCUUUCUUGGUACAAUUGGAGUGUUAAACACAACUGUAAUUAUUUCUUCUUUUGUUUUGUCUAAACAUUGCCCCUUAUAUUUCAGGCCUCAUAUUUUCAGAAGGUAUUCAAGUACACUUAUAAGAAUUCCUGAUGAGAGUAUAAGAAUUCCUGAUGAGAACAGUACUCAAUUAGUCACUCAGUUUAGUACAAAGAGCUAAUGUAGUUCUGCAAAUGUGGUAAAAGUAUGUACAUGUGUAGAUCAUUGUUAGUAAUGCAAGAGGUUUCACAUUUUUAUGAUUUCUUUUUGAAAUGUUAUUUGACAUGUGUUUAGCUCUCCUCCACUAUAAACAGGCAUUAAGCACUAAGUUUACCCAUGGCUGUAAUUUGUUUUGUUGCAUAUUUUAGGACAAUAUUGGGAUUAAACAAUACAUAUAGAAUUAGUGUAUCAAAUUAGUAUGUUGUCCAGUAUUUAGUUGGUAUUCAUCCCAUAGAAACUACAGUGCUAUUAUCAACACGUAUAUCUUUUGAGACCACACAGUAUUUGACUAAUGACUGAACUUUUGAAUGUAUCAAAUGUUUCAAUUUAGCAUGUGGCAGUGCGUGAGCAUGUGCAUUAUUCAUAAUUGCUAUCAUGCUCAGUUUCAUGUAGUAAUUACUAUAGUACUUAAUAUGUAACAUGUUUUGUGAACAUAUGACCAAAGUGGCAUGGGUGCCUGCACAAAGUGGCAAGGGUCCCACUUGCCCCCUCCUUGAAAUCCUGGAAAAACAUAUACUAUAUAUAUGUGUGUGUGUGUGUAACUGAAUCACGAAAGUUUGGAACGUGAUAAAUGCAUAAAUAAAGGUAUAAGCCAUGAAGGAAAGUUAAACACUGUAGUAGCUGCAAGAUCUUUCAACUCAUGUCCUUUACCUGGCAGACCAACUGACAUACAUGAGAAACUGACAUGACAAGGAGGGGUCAUAUAAGUGACAGAAAGGGGAUUAUAUGGAGAUUAGUACCUAGAAUCCAACACACCUGGAGAAUUAGUAACCUUUCCAAACAAGCAUAAACAUUGGUACAAUUUAAGAGGUUUGUAAACCUCUUAAAUUGUACCAAUGUUUAUGCUUGUUUGGGAAGGCUACUAAUAUGACUCUUUCUUGUCAUCUCAGUUUCUCAUGUAUGUCAGUCGGUCUGCUAAGUAAAGGACGUGAGUCGAAAGAUCUUGUAGAUACUCCAGUGUUUAACUUUCCUUCGUGGCUUAU